GACCUCAAUCUUUCUAAAUUCCAAACGCUGAAAAAAGCAAAACAAAACCCAAAGUCCCAAACCCUCAUUCAUCAACCCUUCAAAUUCCAAACAACACUCUCAUUCUCUCUCUCUCUCUCUCUCUUUCUGUUCAGCCACCACUUUCUCUCUCUACCUCCAUCAUCAUCUCUUUGUUUGUUGCGUUCCUGUUCCACCAUGAAGAAGCUCUACCACAAAGCGACGGUUCAUCCGUCACCCCCGCUUAUAUCAGACCACCUCGCCUUCCUCCCAGCCACCAUCCUCACCCUCGCCGCGGCUCUCUCGCCGGAGGACAGGGAGGUCCUCGCCUACCUCAUCUCCUGCUCCUCCGCCUCCACCCCUCCUGACUUCUCCGGCAAACAGCGCCGCAAGACCGCCGCCGCCGACCAUGCGCCUCUGUUCGGGUGCAGCUGUUUUGGGUGCUACAUGAGUUACUGGGUCAGGUGGGACGAGUCGCCGAAUCGCCAGCUGAUUCACGAAAUCAUCGAUGCGUUCGAGGACUGGUUGGCGCAGAGUAGCAAAGGUGGGAAGAACAACAACGGGAAAGGAAAAAGAGACAAGAGGAACAAAAAAGGAGGUGGGUCGAAUAAGCACCACUCGGCCGAGUUGAAACGGACCGAGUUGUUGGUGAGUUCUGUGGUUACCGAGUCAUGUGAGUUGAAAUCGGUGGGGGAGAGUAGUGGCGGUGCUAGUGGCAGUGUUGCUGAAGCUGGUGGUGGUGAGAGGGUUGCUGCUGAUGAGGAAAAAGGGUCAGUGAGAAGGUUUGUGAGUUUCAUUGGAGAAAGGAUUUGGGGUGCUUGGGGACAGUGAAUGAAGUUUGAAGAUGAAAUGUUGAAGUUAAUUUGAUAAAAGAAGAAGAAAGGUGGGUUAAGGUUUAGUCCUUUGCAUUUUUUUCCUAUUUUUUCUUCUUCUCUAUAAAAUUUGUACAUUAAUCAAUACCCUGCAAUGUUUAAAAUGAAAUGCUUGCUUGGUUAAUUUUGUGAUGCAAGGGUUACAGUUUUGCUACAUAUUAUCAAUCAAUCAAAUCAUAUCAUAUAUAUAAUAUUAUCAAUCCACUUGUUUUUUUGAUUCAA